AUGCUGAAAUCGAGUGAAAAGAAGUUUGCUCCUGUACCUAUUGGCACUUCUGUACGAAUUGCAGUUCCAGAGGUUGACAGAGGACGUGGUAAUGCCCGAAAUAUUAUAGGUGUAGUUUUGGCUAAAACCGAUGAUGAGCUUUAUCAAAUUGGUACCAAGAACGGAAUCUUAAAACAAUUAUAUUCUCGAUCUCAGAUUAAUGUGUGUCCAAGAGCUCUUCUUGAUGCAGAGGAUGUAGCGAGUACGGAGAUAGCACUACGGUCAGUUGCUAACCUAUAA